ACUGAGUCUGGGCCGGGCGGGCGGGCGGGGCCGCGCCGGCUCUGCAGCUCGUCCUUGGCUCCUGAUCCCCCUGGCGGGCCCCUCCGCCCGGGCGACAGCCUUCUGGGCGCUCCGCCGGGUGCUGGGCUCUCCCUCCUCGCGCCGCACCCUAGGAAUGUGCUAACUGUGCCCGCGGGGAGCGCUUCGCCCUCAGCCGGGACUCGGAUGCGCGGACUGGAGGGUGACAGCCUGGCUCCUGGCUCCGGACCCGCCUCCGCUCACCACCCCUUCACCCCCAGGAUCGGCAGUGGGUGCGCCCCGAGGAGAGCCGACCGCCGGGGCUGCCGCCGCCGCGGGCCUCCGGCAGAGUGGAGCCAAAAUGUCCCCGGAAUCUAAAAAGCUCUUCAACAUCAUCAUCUUAGGAAUUGCCUUUAUGUUUAUGUUCACCGCCUUCCAAACUUGUGGAAAUGUGGCGCAAACUGUCAUCCGGAGUUUAAAUAGCACCGACUUCCACGGCAGUGGAUACACCAGCAUGGCCAUCAUUUAUGGAGUGUUCUCUGCUUCAAACCUGAUCACGCCGUCCGUGGUGGCCAUCGUCGGACCUCAGCUCUCCAUGUUCGCCAGCGGUCUGUUUUACAGCAUGUACAUUGCCGUUUUUAUCCAGCCUUUCACGUGGUCCUUCUACACAGCCUCUGUCCUCCUCGGCGUGGCGGCUGCUGUGCUGUGGACAGCCCAGGGGAACUGCCUGACAAUCAACUCAGACGAGCACACUAUUGGGAGGAACAGUGGGGUCUUCUGGGCGCUCUUACAGUCCAGCUUGUUCUUUGGAAACCUCUACAUAUAUUUUGCGUGGCAAGGGAAAACUCAAAUAUCAGAGAGUGACCGGAGAACAGUGUUCAUCGCCCUGACGGUGAUCAGCCUGCUGGGGACAGUUCUGUUCUUCCUCAUCCGGAAGCCGGCCUCCGAGAACAUCCUGGGAGAAGAUGAGUUUUCCGAUGACCAGGACCUGGAAGUCAGCGAGUCUCCCCGGAACAACCUGACCAAGGCCGUGGACGCGUUCAAAAAGUCUCUUAAAUUGUGUGUCACCAAGGAGAUGCUGCUCCUCAGCGUCACCACGGCCUACACAGGUCUGGAGUUGACGUUCUUCUCCGGGGUGUACGGGACCUGCAUCGGCGCCGUCAAUCAGUUCGGAGCGGAAGAGAAGAGCCUCAUCGGGCUGUCGGGCAUCUUCAUCGGCAUCGGCGAGAUCCUCGGCGGGAGCCUCUUCGGCCUCCUGAGCAAGAACAACCGCUUCGGGAGAAACCCGGUGGUGCUGCUGGGCACCCUGGUGCACUUCGUAGCUUUUUACCUGAUCUUCCUCAACCUGCCCGGGGACGCCCCCAUCGCCCCCCUCGAGGGCACCGACAGCAGCGCUUACAUCAAACCCAGCAAAGAAGUGGCCAUCUUCUGCAGCUUCCUGCUGGGUCUGGGAGACAGCUGCUUCAAUACGCAGCUGCUCAGCAUGCUGGGCUUUCUCUACUCCGACGACAGCGCGCCCGCCUUCGCCGUCUUUAAGUUUGUCCAGUCCAUCUGUGCAGCCGUGGCGUUCUUCUACAGUAACUACCUUCUCCUCCACUGGCAACUCCUGCUCAUGGUGAUCUUCGGGUUUUUCGGAACCGUGUCCUUCUUCGCGGUGGAGUGGGAAGCCGCCGCCAUCGUCGCCCGGGGCUCUGAUUACCGAAGCAUCUGAUCCAGGGAGGCCGUGCGAGGAGGGAGGCCGUGCGAGGAGGGAGGCCGAGCCUCCGCAAGGACAGAGCGCGGGGAAGGGCCACCGUCACUCCCGCGGGGGCGGGGCUCAGUGGGGGAGAAGGAAGACGCAGGCCCGCCGGCGUCGGAGGCCGAGUUCACAGACGUUCGCCCUCUAGAGCAAGCGGCAUGGGGAAGCUGGUUCUGUCGAUUAGAAGUGUUUAAAGAUGUUGUUUUUCAGCCCGUCUACCACGAGUUCUUUUAAUCAUGUUACCGAAUGUAAAUGUUCCCUCUCCCUCCUGUUUCCUGGAAAGAGCUUGCCCCGAUCAAAGCACUGGCCAUACGUCACGUGGAGGCUCUCGCUGGGCCUCGGGGACGGGCUGCUGCGCAGUAAUGGGGAGCAUGUGCUACCCCGCGUGGGUCCGGGACGACAUUUAAAUAAAUGGCAAGAGGCGGAAA